GGCGGAAGUGAGCAUGAUACCGAGGCGGAAGUGCGGACUAUUACGGAGGCGGAAGUGCCUCCAUGCGCGGCGUUCCCGCAGGCGGAAGUGGUCGUGGUACAGAGGCGGAAGUGGGCGUGUCGAAGGGGCGGAAGUGCCUCUCCGCGGGCGCGUUUCCCUCCAUGCGGCUCCGCGCCGUGUACCUGCUGGGCUCCGCCCACCCGCGGUCACGUGGCCGCGGGUACGUGGGGUUCACGCGGGACCCCGCGCGGCGGCUCCGGCAGCACAACGGGGGGCGGGGCCGGGGGGGCGCGCGCAGGACGCACGGGGCGGGGCCCUGGCACAUGCUGCUCUAUGUCUAUGGGUUCCCGUCGGAUGUGGCGGCGCUGAGGUUCGAGUGGGCGUGGCAGCACCCCUCGCUUUCCCGCCGCCUGGAGGGCGUGGCCGGGCGGGGCCGGGGCGAGCAGCCAAUCGCCUUCGCCCUGCGGUUACUCCCUCAUCUCCUAUUGGCCCGGCCCUGGAACCGCCUCCCCCUACGGCUGCGUUGGCUCCGCCCCCCGCCCCGCCCCCUCCUGAGCCCGGCCCCGCCCCCCCACGUGGUCGUAGAGGAGGGGGCGGGGUUGGAGGGGAGGCCACGCCCAGCUGGGGGGAGAGGGAGGAGGAGGACACGCCCCCCCGAGGCCACGCCCCCCGCGCUGGCCACGCCCCCUGGGGGGUGCGGGGUGUGCGGGGGGGGGGUGGGAGGCCCCGCCCAUCGUGCGCUGUCCUCGCUGCCCAUUGGCCGCUCACCCCGCCUGUCUGGCCCGGCGCUUCCUGCGGGAGGAGCCGCGGGAGCUGCUGCCGCUGAGGGGAAACUGCCCCCGGUGCGUCGGUAAUUAGCGCAAUUAGCGGUGCCACGCCCACCUCCUUUGGGGCGACGUGAUUGGCUACAGCCUGGGCGAACACAACCAGCAGGAGGCGGAGCCUGAGGAGCCCACUCUGAUUGGCCAGAGAAGCACAAGCCCCACCCCCAACCCUUGAUUUUUAAUUAACUUAUUAUGUUUUGAUACAAUAAAGUUUAAUUACGUCAUUGAUAAA